AUGUCGUCCAACCCUAGUGACCUCUACUCCCAGGGUUUCAAUUUUCGAAGUUUUCUACAGAAAGGAGUUGAUCCUCGUACUGGACAAUACACCGUCAGCAUUCAACUCUUUGAUGCGCCAUCGGAGACUCGUAACUGUCCGUCACUCAAACUAUCUUUGAGCUACAAUCCCCUCAACACCAAAGAUAUCGGUUUGGGCACUGGCUGGUCUUUUAAUCUACCCUCGUACGACCAUCGCCAAGGCAAGACUCUGUUGCUCUCGACGGGUGAAAACUUCCAAGCCACUGAGACGACCAGUGCCUUUUUCAUCCAGGACCAGAAGCUCAAGAGCUUCCAGGCCAAGAGAACGGGAUCAUCGGCAGGAUCUACUUAUGAGGUGGCCUACAAAUCAGGCCAGGUAGAGAUUCUCUCUGGUUUCAACAACACUUACAACCAAUCGGUUCCAAUCACCAUCUACGGCGCCAACGGUCGUGCACUCAGUCUGGAGUGGACCCGCAACGGUGAACAGCCACGACUGAGUAAGAUCCAAGACGGAGAUGAUGUUCUGCUGGAAGUACAGUAUUCCGAUGCGCAGGUAACCAUCACCAAGGCGCCUGGAACUACCGCGGCCAGCACCUUCACGCUUAUCCGGCGUAAUGCGCAAUUAACCCAGCUCGAACUGCCGCUGGACGACGACACGCCCCCGUGGCAGUUCUCGUACAACUCCCUCAGCAACGGAUUUGUGUGUGUCUCACAGGUAACAGGCCCCACUGGUUUGGUUGAAGAGGUCAAUUACAAGCAAGAUGGUCACCAGCUGCCCUCUGGAGCGCCUUUUACGAGAAUUCCAUACGUGGUGUCUCAUGUGGCGCGUCCAGGCCGUCAGCAGCCAGCCAUAAAGACAACCUACAGUUACUCCUCAUACAAUUUCCUGGGCUAUGGAGGAGGGCGGCAGUGGAGCGCUACCGGCGAUAACUUGUACCAGGUGCCUGCGGAAUACCAGUACACAUCCACGGCGCAGCUUGAGGGUGGAGCAACCACAACCUAUACUUACAACAAGUUCCACUUGACCACCAAGAUCGAGGAACAACUGAACACGAAAAAAUCUACCCAGGACAUCACAUAUCAUGCCACUCCAAAUACAGCGUUUGACCAUCAGCCUGCGCAAUACUUGUUACCCAAAACGGUUGCAAUCACCUAUGCGGACACAACUGCCUCCAGUCGGACAGAAACAACAACAACCGAAUUUGACGAAUGGGGCAAUCCUACUACGGAGAUCAAAACGGAUGGCUUGAUUACCACUCGCACAUACUACGCCGCAGAUGGAGAGGCAGAUUGCCCGGCUGACCCCCAUGGGUUCCAACGAUACUUAACGGAGAAAUUCGGUUAUUCGGAGCUCCCUACUUCAAGUAAUGCGACAGUACAGACAUUUGUUCUGCAAUCAUCGCGCAUCACUCUUGAGGGGGACACAUCGCUGACCACUGCCGAGUAUACGUAUAUCAACCAGCCAGACUCACGCGAUCAUGGACGCGUCCAAGAACAAAAGACAUGGUUAUCUUCGAAAGACAACGCCACAACCCAGACAUAUGCCUACGAGUAUCUCAGUAGCGGUGAAUUGAAAAAGACACUCAAUACGGCCGGCUUUGACGGCGUUUCGGCCAAAUUUGAGACCGUCCAUUCCCUGUCGUCUGGGAAGGUUACAGGACAGACGGAUGAUGCUGGUAUCCAGGAUGUCUUCCAAUAUGAUGCAUUGGGCAGAUUGGUCAAAGCCGCAACAGCAAUUGAUACCGACCAGGAAGCAGUCCGCUACAACAGUUACUCCAUCCCUGACGACGGCAGUAGUGGCAUGGUGCUGUCAGUCACGGAUGCUAAAGGUGUCCAGACACAAUACAUUUCCGACGGCCUGGAGAGAAUCUGCCAAGUGAAGAGACAAGAUGAUAAUGGCUUGUGGGAUGCGUCUACCAACACAUACUCCGGCACUUUUCGCUUACUGCAGGAGCGCAACUAUAAUGCUCUGGGCCAACAUGUUGAACAAACUGACAUUGACUGGCUGCGUACCACAGAUAGCGAUCCAACGGAACUACGAACAACCAAGGAACUGCAGUAUGACGAAUGGGGUCAGGUCCUGAAGACUGUAAGCAAAAGCACAGGUGUCACGACAAUUUCAGCAACGGAUCCUAUCAGCCUGAGUCAAACAGAAGGAAUCGAGGGCGAAGGCCAAAGUGUCACGCAGCUCAACCUGUCCGGCGUGCCUACUCAAAUCCGCCUUCUGGGCAAAAAUGGAACCGAGUACAGCAAGCUCACGUACAGCUAUGACGGCCUCGGGCGACUAGUGGAAGAAGAAGAUGCCUUGGGUCGCAAGACAAAAUACCAAUCUGACUCGUUUGACCGAGUCACUAAGACCACAUGGGUGAGCGGCCGGGAAGUCAACGUCCAGUAUGCCACCCAAAGCGCGGCAGCUCUCCCGACCUCACUCCAAGUCAACGACACAAACCUUGGCGGGCAGUCCUUCGAUGGAUUGGACCGAUUGACGCAGCGAACAGUCGGUGGGCGCAGUCUGAAACAAUCCUACCAGGGCAGCACCCCAGAGCCAACUCAGAUCGCCACGGACAAGGGCGACUUCAAACUCACAUACGAGCCGGGUUUGCGCCAAUCGCUCUCGACAAUCAGUAGCCAGGACAGAAAUGAGACAUACAAGUACGACUCAAAGACGGGGGUUGCAUUGCGGCUCAAAGGCUCAUCUAGCACCGCGGAUCGUCAGUACUACCCGUCAGGCCUACUGAAAAGUGAAGCGCUCGACCUCAGCGAAGGUGCCGCAUCCUUUUCUACUCAAUCGACAUACUCAAUGGCCGGGAAGUUGCAAGGAUAUACCGACGUUCACGGAAAGGAAUACCAGAACACAUAUGAUAGUGCAGGCCGCCUGAGUUCCUUGGCUGUAGGAUCCCUCACCGUCUCUUAUUCAUACGACAGCGCCAACCGUCUGUCCGGCACUACAGUUCAAGACCAAGAGCAUGACUCCAGCUUGACCACAAACCUUGUCUACGAUGACUUCGGUCGAGAGAUUGAGCGCACAGUGUUGCAAGGGGAGAAUCAGGUGUCUAGACUGACUCAAUCCUUUGGCGAGACAAGUCUUAUCACCACGCGGCAAGUAGAAGAUAAUGGGAACAUUGUCCGAAACGAAUCAUUUGCCUACGACGAGCACAACCGUUUGGUCAAGUACACAUGCGAGGGAAGCGAGCUUCCGAAAGAUGAAAAGGGACAUGAGAUACAAUCCCAAGAAUUCACCUUCGAUAACCUCGACAAUAUAACGUCUGUCACAACAGGAUUUCAAGAUGGAACUCAAAACACGGCAACCUACUCAUACAGCCAGAGUGAUCCAACCCAGCUCAGCCAGAUCACAAACAGCAAUCCCGAUUUCACACCUCAAACCACCCUGGCAUAUGAUGCUAAUGGAUGUCUCAUCCAAGAUGAGCAAGGCCGUAACUUGGAAUACGACAGCGGCGGUCGCCUGAAGUCAGUCAGAGAUAGCAGUGGCAGCCUUCUCAGUCAAUACAACUAUGACGCAGCUGGUAAACUGAUCUCCCAGUCAAUCCCUGACCAGCCAGAUACCCAGCUAUUCUACCGACAAGACAAACUCAUCAGUGUCAAGUCCGGAGACCGCCAAGUGAGCUAUAUAUCCGCUGGCAAUGAAUACCUGGGACAAAGUACCCAGAACGGCGAUCCUACGGAGAUUCAGCUCUGGGGAUCCGAUGCGAACGGCUCUGUGCUCAACUGGUUCAACCCAGCACAGCCAGAUCAAAUCCACCAACAGCAGUACACGCCGUACGGCUUCAGCGCCCCCGAUUCCGCCUCCUCCAUAGGCUUUAACGGCCAGUGGCGUGAUCCAGUCACCGGAUGGUACCACCUGGGUAACGGAUACCGCGUCUAUAACCCCGUCUUGAUGCGCUACCAUGUGCCCGACCCCGGCAGCCCAUUCGGCACAGGUGAAGUCAACGGCUACGCUUACUGCCUGGGCGACCCCAUCAACCGCAUCGACCCAAGCGGGCAGUGGAGCUUCUUCGGGCUCUUCGAUUUUAGCUGGGCAGAUCUAGUGUCUACCGUAAUCGGCGUGGUAGUGAGCGUCGCAGUCGGCGUCCUCACAGCCGGAGCAAGUGUGGCCAUCGAGGUCGGCGUGGGAAUCGCAGCCGGAGUAGCAACGAGUGCCGGAGUCGGAAUAGGAACAGAUCUAGUCGAAGGGCGAAUGCCAACAUGGAAAUCCGUUGGAAUCGACGCGCUCUCCGGCUUGGUCGGUGGUGUGCUCGGGGAGGCUGGUGGCCGGUUUUUAGCUUCUGGACUCAAAUUCGCCACCAACUUCAAGAGCUUCAUCGGACGAGCUGGCUCAUACACAGUCAAUGAGGUUGCAAAGACGGGAUUCGAGACUUUCAAGGAAGCUGUCAAGGGGGCUGUGGAAGGUGAAAUUGCCGGUCAGCUUAGCUACGGCUUAUACGGCGAUGCACUCUCCAGCGCGUUGGAAGGAGAAGACUCCUCAUCAUCGUCCCAGCAGGUUUCAAGUUCAUCACCGGUAACUAGGUUACCGUCAUCGUCUCAACCCUCUCAGAAGGGCCAGGUAGUCGCGGUCAGAGAGGCGUCGUUGGCUAGAGAUCCCAUCAGACUUUCUCUGCGGGAUGGUCAAUCGACCGUUUCUUCUAAUCGGGACCGCGCAUUCGGUAAGGAUGCCGGAAAGUCCAUUCCUGGCAUCUUGAAUCGCCAGCUCAAGUGCACGUUCGGGCCUCUUGGAGCUUCGCAGGGAAAGCGGCAAGCGACGGGAAGUGGUGCACUUGAGUCUUUGGAGAAGAAAAGAAGAUCGUGUGCGUCGGUGAGGAGUCAGAUUCGGGCUCAGGGUGUUUGAUUGAGUAGUUUAUAUGAGUUCCUGCUGUGAAGAAGAAGUUUGAUGCAUGAAAGAUGGAUUAGCAUCGAAUGGGCUUUCUGUUGUCCGUCUCUCCCCAUUUCUUCUCUCUGCCCUGCCAGUGUAAGCAAAUAUCAAAACAGCAAUGUCAUUCUAGUCUAUCUAGCAACUAUAUACUAUCACAAUCUGAGAUAUUCCUCCAUAAUUAGUAAGUGCGGCUGUAGUCAGUCUAUUGGUGCCGUGAACAGAAACA